GGACACUAGAAAUCUACGAACGCCAGGAUUGUAACUGUAGAUGAUGCGGCACAAUAAAAUAAUAAACACCCCACUGUCCAAAUUCCAUCAAUAAUCGCCCUGACAGCAAGAAUAUCCUAAUGAUCAAUUCCACACGCGCUCGCUCGCUGAAGGGAAGGGAUGAGCAGCUCGGGCGGACCGAUUGAUAGUGGGUGGUGCGGCAGACCGGCGCAUUUAGAUGAAUGAACCAGCGGACAAAUGUAGAAACGGACCAGACUUCCGGUUGUGAGUAGAAUUUGCAGAGAGUGAAGUAAAGCAAGGGCUGAGCUGAAGGACGGUGAACAGAACCCCGCUGUCGGACUGCAUCGAGUCCAGGGAGGUUUUGAACAGCAACCCAGAGUUCUGGAUUUUCCAACUAGAGGAAACAUCCUUUAUAUCCUGUCAGAACCUCUCAGGAUCUUGUGUACUUCAAAGAAGUCACCUCUUUCUCAUCCAAACUCUCCUGAAUACCAGGUGACUGUUCAAGGCUAACACAAUGAAUACAAGUCCAGGCACAGUUGGCAGUGACCCUGUCAUCCUGGCCACUGCUGGUUAUGAUCACACGGUCCGCUUCUGGCAAGCACACAGCGGUAUCUGCACUCGAACUGUGCAACAUCAGGAUUCUCAAGUGAAUGCCUUGGAAAUCACCCCAGACCGCAGUAUGAUUGCAGCAGCAGGGUAUCAGCAUAUCCGAAUGUAUGACCUAAAUUCUAACAACCCGAACCCAGUCAUCAACUAUGAUGGAGUCAGCAAAAACAUCACCUCAGUGGGAUUCCAUGAGGAUGGGCGCUGGAUGUAUACUGGUGGGGAGGACUGCAUGGCACGAAUCUGGGACCUCAGGUCACGUAACCUGCAGUGUCAGAGAAUCUUCCAGGUCAAUGCUCCUAUUAAUUGUGUCUGCCUGCAUCCCAAUCAGGCAGAGCUGAUUGUUGGUGAUCAGAGUGGUGCCAUUCACAUCUGGGACCUGAAAACUGACCACAAUGAGCAGCUAAUUCCCGAGCCAGAUGUUUCAGUCAAUGCAGUUCACAUUGAUCCGGAUGCAAGUUACAUGGCAGCUAUCAAUAGUUCGGGUAAUUGCUACGUGUGGAAUCUAACAGGUGGAAUUGGUGAUGAUGUCACUCAGCUCAUUCCCAAGACCAAGAUCCCAGCUCACAAACGCUAUGCUCUACGCUGCAAAUUCAGCCCUGACUCCACACUUCUUGCUACCUGCUCAGCUGAUCAGACGUGUAAAAUAUGGAGGACUUCAAACUUUUCACUGAUGACAGAGCUUAGCAUUAAGAGCAACAAUCCAGGAGAGACAUCACGAGGCUGGAUGUGGGAUUGUGCAUUCUCUGGGGAUUCACAAUAUAUUGUCACAGCCUCUUCAGAUAACCUUGCGCGCCUGUGGUGUGUGGAGACAGGUGAAAUUAAACGGGAAUACAGUGGCCAUCAGAAGGCAGUCGUGUGCCUUGCCUUUAAUGACAGUGUUCUGGGCUGAAGAUUUCCACCCCAUCCCACCUCCAUCCCUCUCUUUGCCCCAUUCCCUUUUCCAUUCCAAGCUCUUUUUGAAAUUAAUUCCCAGCCGAAAUUGUUGUUUGGAAGUCUCUGUGAGAUCAAUCUGAGCUGUUUAAUGCUGGAACGUACAUACAUGCAUCUUUGGCAGGUUCAACCAUCACAUGACUUGUGAGACAGUAAUUAAUAGCCCAAGGACAUGAGUUCUGAUGCAAGGUUUUAGUAAAGUCGGUGACAGAUGAAUGAACUUUUCACCCUGUAUCCACUUGAACUCUGAAGAAAUGUUCAGCAACACUUAGACCUUUCGCUUCCAAACCUGGAUAGUAAGAUAUAUAUUGUGAACUUUCUAGUAGCGGGUUGAAGUAUCGGUAAGUACAGGUCUAUUGUUGGUGGUAACAAUAUGAGUAUUUUUGAAGGUAUAAAUUAAGGAUAUCCUGUUUAGUAUUAAAGUGUAAGCUCUCUGUUGUUACAUCCUUCUAUGUAGUAAUUUUGAUAGAAGAGAAGCUUGUCAACAAUUCUAGAAUCCCAGUGUGAACAGGUUUGCUUUUACUCCAAUUGUAGUGGGAGCCACAAUGGAAGCUGUUUGAUUUGUAGGAAGCGGGCAUAUCUGAUGCCAUCAGCAUAAUCAUCUGACAUUUUGCAUAUUGAGACAAUAUGGACAAUGAGUUUACAAGGCAAUCACUGAAUGUUCUGAUCGUUAACCUGAUGUUGAAUGAAAACAUUAAACCUAUAGACAAAGAAGAAUUAUUUCUACACCUGACUGGAUGCUGCUUUCCUUUUUUGAGAGAAAGGAGAAGGGGUAUUAUAAGACUCCAUCGUUAAGCUGCUAUGUUUGGAAUGCGCUGUGGAGACAUGGCAGUGUAUAAGUGCAAGUCUUAUUUCUGUUUUAUCUCUGAAUAACUAUAGUUUUAAAACUAGGUAACGUUUCAGCACACAUACAUAAAUAAAAUACUGAAGAUACUGGAAUUUUGAAAUAAAAACAGAGAAUGUUGGAAAUA